GAAGAAAGUUGAAAUAAACUGCGAAAUUAGCAUCGGCACUUUUUUAUGUUCACUGCUGGUAACAAAAUGUCAAUAAAUGCUUUUUACUGGAAAUGUCUUACUAUCAUAUAUGUCGUUACAUCUAUUACACAAGCGGACAAUGGACCAAAAAUAUCAACAGCAGACGUUUGUAGUCCAUUGGUAAUAGCCCAUCGUGGUGCGAGCGGGUACGUUCCCGAGCAUACCCUGGGCGCCUAUGCCCUCGCAGUCACUAUGGGGUCCGACUACAUAGAACCGGACAUUGUUAUAACAAAAGAUGGGCAUCUAAUCGCUCGACAUGAUAAUGAGUUGGGACUUACCACGGAUGUAUCAGAUCAUCCUGAGUUUCAAUCGCGUUAUCGAAAUCAAAAUGUUGACGGUAGACCGAUAGCUGGCUGGUUCACUGAAGACUUUACCUUGGCAGAAAUAAAGACAUUGCGCGCGAUUGAACGCAUACCAAAUGAAAGACCUGGUAACGCUAGAAUGGAUAAAUCAUUUGAUGUUCCCACAUUACAAGAAAUUAUAGAUCUUGCUAAGAGCAUGCAAGGUAUUUACUGUAGGGAAAUAGGCAUAUAUCCAGAAAUUAAACACGGUACUCAUUUUCAGCGACUUGGAUUGGCUAUGGAAAAACCUUUGGUUGAUAUAUUACAUAAGAACGGAUACACUGGUCCUGAAGCACCUAUAUAUAUACAAUCAUUCGAAGUAAACAACUUAAAAGAGUUGAAGAAUCUGACCGAACUACGCUUGAUACAAUUAUAUGGUUCACGUUUAUUACGACCAUAUGAUCAAUCUGUACUUGGUACAAAUCUUACUUAUGGCGAAAUGGCAACAAUCCAGGGCCUGAGAAAUGUGGCAAAAUAUGCACAUGCUGUAGGUCCAGAGAAAAACUAUGUAAUACCACGCACAUUACAAAAUAACCUAGGUGUUCCUACAGAUUUUGUAUCUGAUGCGCACACAGCUGGACUAAAAGUACAUCCGUAUACUUUCCGCUCUGAAAACCGAUAUCUUCCUAGUGAGUUCCAGAGUAAUGACACAUCCCCAGCUGCUAUCGGUAACGUUAAAGGAGAAAUAAAUGCUUUUUUGAAUGCUGGAAUAGAUGGACUCUUUGCUGACCAGCCAGAUGUACCUGUUAUUAUACGGGGACAAUGUGCGAUUGAGGUACCGGAAUGUCAGUUUCGACGAAAUUCAGCUAGACAAUUAGUUGCUGUUAUAUGGUUGAAUGUAACAUUAAUUAUGUUAAGUCUAUUGUAUUCAAUAUCUACUGUGUCUAGUUAAGAUUCUAGAUAGGUACUAUAUUUUUUUAAAUUUUGUGUUAUGACCUACCUGUAAU